AUGUAUCGCCAGAUUCUCGUCGAUCAUCGCGAUGUCAAUUAUCAAAGAAUUCUGUGGGCAUCAUUACCGUCGAACUCUCCAACCGAAUAUCAAUUAUUAACGGUUACCUACGGAAUGUCAUGCGCGCCGUUUCUAGCACUUCGGGUUUUGAAACAACUCGUCGAAGACGAAGGUCAACACUUUCCGCUCGCGAUCCCUAUUCUCCGCGAUAAUAUUUAUGUCGACGAUGUGAUAUUCGGCGCCGAUACUCCGGAUGUUGCUAGGGAGAAACGAGACCAGGUCAUUUCAAUGUUGGCCAGGGGCGGCUUCAAACUUCGAAAAUGGGCGAGCAAUUCGCCCUCUCUUCUGGCCGACAUUGAUCUAGCGGACCACGGUUUGGCGGGAAAAAAGCCAUUAGCUCGGGACGAGCAACUCAAAAUUCUCGGCAUUGGGUGGAGUCCCGCGCUCGACAGUUUCGAGUUUAGCGUUUCAUUAGCAGCUACUGUACCGAUCAGCAAGCGUACAAUCUUGUCCGCUAUUGCAACUUUAUACGAUCCACUCGGCUGGGUCACCCCGGCAACUAUUACUGCCAAAAUAUUAAUGCAGCAGCUUUGGCGCCUCAAAGUCGGCUGGGACGAUAAAAUCUCCGAGGCACUGCUGUCUCAUUGGACAGAAAUCUACUCUCGGUUCGCGUAUCUCAGUCAUGUAAAGAUACCUCGCUGGUGCGAGAUCGGCUCGGAGAAGGGGCACGCGGAGCUUCACGGAUUCGCUGACGCGUCGAACAACGCGUAUGCCGCAGCGGUCUAUAUUAAAGUUAUCUCUGAAUCGCGCGCAAUUACGGUCACACUACUCGCCGGAAAAUCUAAGGUCGCGCCUUUAAAACCGCUCAGCAUACCUCGCUUAGAAUUAUCAGCCGCAGUGUUGCUCGCACGCCUUCUUGAAUUCGUCCGUGAAACAAACGGGUAUCACGACCUCCCGUGUUUUUGCUGGACGGAUUCCACUAUCGUUCUCGCUUGGGUGACGCAGCAUCCGUCGCGAUGGAAGACGUUUGUGGCUAAUCGCGUCAACGAAAUUCAGUCGCGCCUUCCGAACUGUCAAUGGCGACAUGUGUCAACCGAAGACAAUCCCGCUGAUUGCGCUUCGCGGGGGAUAUUCGGUGACGAGAUCAUAAAUCACGCGCUCUGGUGGCGCGGUCCUCCUUGGUUGCAAUUCGAUCCCGAUAAAUGGCCGCGUCCCGAUCCGCGUAUCGCGCCGACUGCUCCUCUCGAAGAACGAAUUGCUUCUCUGCAAUGUUCUCAACGGCGUGAUCCGUGGGAUCUGGCCUCGAGAUAUUCCUCUUGGCCAAGAUUAAUUCGCGUUACCGCGUACCUCCUUAAGUUCACCCGUCUAUGCCGAUCCGUUUGUUCCCGUCGGAAUGUUGACUGCUCAUCGUCUACGCCGAUGCCGAAGCGAUAUCCGAUCGUCAAAGGUGUCGUACUGUCGGCAUCUGACUGCAACGCAGCCAAGACCUUCUGGAUCAGGCAAAUCCAAGCGGCAUUGUUUGCCACGGAAAUAAAUGCCUUGGCGAACAAUCACUCCCUCAAUUCAAGAAGCUCGAUCUUGUCUCUUCGACCGUUUCUCGACCAGGACAAGGUUUUGCGCGUGGGUGGACGACUGAAUAAAGCUCCCUUUCCUUAUUCAUUCCGACAUCCCGUCCUCCUCUCGCAUCAUCCGUUGGUCACCCUCAUUGUCACGCAGGCGCAUUCACGCGCACUACACGCCGGCCCGCAACUCACGCUAAACAUUCUGCGACGCGAUUUUUGGAUUAUUCGCGCUCGGAGCCUAGUGAAAGCUGUUAUUCGCAACUGUGUUGCGUGCGUUCGCGAACGUGCCGCGAUACCGUCACAGGUCAUGGGAGAUCUCCCUGAACCUCGAGUGUCAUCGUCGCUACGCAGUUUUUUACACUGCGGUGUCGACUACGCCGGACCUGUACAGAUUCGCGCAUCCGCAGGUCGAGGCAUCACCUCGCGCAAAGCCUACAUCGCGUUAUUCGUCUGCUUGACCACUAAAGCCAUACAUUUAGAGCUAGUCAGCGAUUACUCCACUCCGGCUUUCCUCAACGCUUAUUCUCGCUUUUGCGCUCGUCGCGGUCUGCCUCAAGCUAUGUACUCUGAUAACGGGACAACUUUCGUCGGGGCUGACCGAGACAUGACUCGAGCGUACCGGGCUGCUGUGCGAGAUCCGAACUUUCUGAAUAUGACAGCCUCCGAUAGUGUCACGUGGACCUUCGGUCCUCCGUCUGCGCCACAUUUCGGCGGAUUGUGGGAAGCGGGAGUACGGAGCGUUAAAAAUCAUCUGCGCCGCGUGCUGGGCGGCCAUAUGUUAACCUUCGAGGAGUUUUCCACCUUGCUAUGUAGAAUCGAAGCCUGUUUGAAUUCGCGGCCCAUCGCCCCUCUCUCCGAUACGCUUGAGGACUACGAUUGUCUCACCCCCGGUCAUUUCUUAAUCGGCUCAGCUAUCACUGUAAACCCGGAACCGUCUUUGCUCGAAAUUAAUGAAAAUCGACUAUCACGAUGGCAACUUGUCCGCCGCAUGACUGAGCGAUUUUGGAAAUUAUGGAGUACUGAUUAUCUCAACACACUCCAACAGCGAGCAAAGUGGCGAACGGUAAAACCGCAGAUUACGAUCGGGCGCCUCGUUUUAUUGCGAAAUCCCACAUUACCGCCCUGCAAAUGGGAACUUGGCCGAGUGACGCAGUGUCACCCCGGGUCUGACGGUUUCGUCCGCGUGGUAACAGUUAAGACCGCUACUUCCGAGUAUCGCCGGCCGAUUGUAAAGCUGUGCGUGCUACCUGUCACGAGUGAGACGACGAGCAAUUAA